AUGGCAGAUCCCGGGUUUCGACGCCGUUGCAGCCGUUGCCGCCGUUGUCGCCCUUGCCGCUGCCGCCGCGGCCGCCGCCCGCUUUCGGCUCCGGCCGCAGGACUUUAGCAUCCUGAGACAUUUUGGAUUCAUAGCUCUCAGGACUGACCCAGUUAGUGUUCAUCAUGUCAAAGUUAAAAAGCUCAGAGUCAGUCAGGGUGGUGGUUCGCUGUCGGCCCAUGAAUGGCAAGGAAAAGGCUGCUUCGUAUGACAAGGUGGUAGAUGUGGAUGUGAAGCUGGGGCAGGUGUCUGUGAAAAACCCCAAAGGAACAGCCCAUGAAAUGCCAAAGACUUUCACCUUUGAUGCCGUCUAUGACUGGAAUGCCAAGCAAUUUGAACUCUACGAUGAGACAUUCCGACCGCUUGUGGAUUCUGUCCUGCAAGGUUUCAAUGGGACAAUUUUUGCCUAUGGACAAACUGGGACUGGGAAAACCUACACAAUGGAAGGAGUCCGUGGUGACCCUGAAAAAAGAGGGGUCAUUCCUAACUCAUUUGACCACAUCUUCACCCACAUUUCUCGAUCCCAGAAUCAACAGUACCUGGUCAGGGCUUCUUACUUAGAGAUCUACCAGGAGGAGAUCCGAGAUCUACUCUCCAAGGAUCAGACCAAAAGGCUUAAGCUCAAAGAGAGGCCUGAUACUGGAGUGUAUGUGAAGGACCUGUCUUCCUUUGUCACCAAGAGUGUGAAGGAGAUAGAGCACGUGAUGAACGUAGGGAACCAGAACCGUUCUGUUGGCGCCACCAACAUGAACGAACACAGCUCACGUUCUCAUGCAAUCUUUGUCAUCACUAUCGAGUGCAGUGAGGUGGGCCUCGAUGGUGAGAACCAUAUCCGCGUAGGAAAACUGAACCUUGUAGAUCUUGCUGGCAGCGAACGGCAGGCCAAGACCGGUGCACGAGGGGAAAGAUUGAAGGAAGCGACCAAGAUCAACCUGUCCCUUUCGGCCUUGGGUAAUGUCAUCUCUGCUCUGGUGGAUGGCAAAAGCACUCACAUUCCAUAUCGGGACUCAAAGCUUACCAGGCUCCUCCAAGAUUCCCUUGGUGGCAAUGCUAAGACUGUGAUGGUGGCCAAUGUGGGGCCUGCCUCUUACAAUGUAGAGGAGACUCUGACCACUCUGAGAUAUGCCAACCGUGCCAAAAACAUUAAGAACAAGCCAAGGGUCAAUGAGGACCCUAAGGAUGCCCUCCUUCGAGAAUUCCAGGAAGAGAUAGCUCGGCUUAAGGCCCAGCUGGAAAAACGGUCCAUUGGCAGGAGGAAGAGGCGAGAGAAGCGGAGGGAAGGUGGUGGCAGCAGUGGGGGUGGGGAAGAGGAGGAGGAGGAGGGAGAAGAGGAUGAGGAGGAAGGGGAUGAUAGGGAUGAUUACUGGCGGGAGCAGCAAGAAAAACUGGAGAUUGAGAAGCGGGCCAUCGUAGAGGACCACAGCUUGGUUGCAGAGGAGAAGAAGAGGCUGCUGAAGAAGAAGGAGAAAAAGAUGGAGGACCUGCGGCGGGAGAAGGAUGCUGCCGAGAUGCUGGGUGCCAAAAUCAAGGCCAUGGAGAGUAAGCUGCUUGUUGGAGGAAAAAAUAUAGUAGAUCAUACAAACGAACAGCAGAAAAUCCUGGAGCAGAAACGGCAGGAAAUUGCAGAGCAGAAACGUCGAGAAAGAGAAAUCCAGCAACAGAUGGAAAGUCGAGAUGAGGAGACCUUGGAACUUAAAGAGACAUACAGCUCAUUGCAGCAAGAGGUGGACAUUAAGACCAAAAAACUCAAAAAGCUGUUCUCCAAGCUUCAGGCGGUGAAGGCCGAGAUCCACGAUCUCCAAGAGGAGCACAUUAAAGAGCGCCAAGAGCUGGAGCAGAUUCAGAAUGAACUCACCAGGGAGCUGAAACUCAAGCAUCUUAUUAUAGAAAACUUUAUCCCUCCAGAAGAAAAAAGUAAAAUUAUGAAUAGAUCCUUCUUUGAUGAAGAGGAAGAUCAUUGGAAAUUACACCCUAUAACCAGACUGGAGAAUCAGCAGAUGAUGAAGCGGCCAGUCUCAGCUGUGGGAUAUAAGAGACCAUUGAGCCAACACGCAAGAAUGUCCAUGAUGGUUCGUCCAGAGGCCCGAUACAGGGCAGAAAACAUCAUGCAGUUAGAGCUGGACAUGCCCAGCCGGACCACCAGAGACUAUGAGGGCCCAGCCAUUGCCCCCAAAGUCCAGGCUGCAUUGGAUGCGGCUCUACAGGAUGAAGAUGAGAUACAAGUGGAUGCGUCAUCCUUUGAAAAGACUGCAAAUAAGAAAUCCAAGGCCAGGCCUAAAAGUGGAAGGAAGUCGGGAUCCUCCUCCUCUUCAUCAGGAACCCCUGCACCUCAGCUUUAUCCACAGCCUCGGGGGCUGGUUCCAAAGUAAAGCCAGUUCCUCCUCUCCCAGGGCAUAAGUAACAUUUGCCUUCUGUGAGAAGAGACAAAAAGCUGCAGAGGGGACUCGGGCCCACAUCAGAACCAUUCCCCAGAGGAGAAGCGAUGGCCUCUUUGCAGAUUAACCAACUUAAUCUGGUCAGACGUGCUGGUCCUACUCUGACACUCAGCUCCUCUGGGAAACAUCUUUUAAUUAGCAUCUCAGAAAUGCAUGGGUAAGGUGUAAAGUGCGAUAGUCCAGUGGAAAGCAAGAGAAUAACCAGUGACCUUGCUUCCCUUCUUCCUUCCCCUCUUCUCCCUUCCUCUGCCCCUCCCAUCCUCUUCCCUCUUCUUUUCUAGCCUGUUCUUUAUACUGGGCUCCCUUCUUGUUGAACAAUAGGGCAAAAUCAGGAGUCACCUGAGCAGGACCACAUCUUUGGAGCCUCAGGUAAAAUGACAGUGAGGUUGAAAAGUAAAAGUCCUAAAACUUGAAUAGAUGCCUGUUCUCGUAGGGAGAAGUGAGAAAUGUCAUUUGGAUCCAAGCCCAGGUGGGCACGAUCAGCGAUCUUGCUUCAGUGUGCCUCCAUGAGAAGUGGAUCUGCCUUUGGGAUCUACUGAAUGAGGAAAUCUCUUCCAAUUUCUGCUUCAAAGGAUUCAAUGUUGGAAGCAAUAGAAAUAACAUUCCCUUUGCCUCCUUGGAGAGUUUAGGGAAACAGCUUCUUUAAAACCUCAGAAUCGUGACCAUCCUGUCAAAGACCUAAGUCUGUAAGCUGGUGCCAUGUCCAUACACGUGUCACUUUACUCUUCAUUUGUCACCAUUUUUUCCAUGCAUGUAUCCUCUGAGCGUCCUCACAUAGGCCCAUCCUCUGCCUCCAGAGCAUGCUCUGCAGUGGGCCUAUUUUGUGGAGAAGGGAGGCUGGCUCUGCCUUCUCUGGUGGGACUAGAGUUGGGGGAAGGACAUAGAGUGGCACUGGAAUUCCCCAUUUUGUUCCAUAUUGGUGUAGAGAGCAGAAGAGUAACGAGGCAGACACAGAGAUGAAGCCAUGAAACUCAGUGCAGAUGGAAGCGAAGGUACCUUGCCUACCUUUGGCAGAGAACUCACUGAAUCCUAUAAUUGUGGCUCCCCCCAGGUGGAGCUUGAGGGGUGGCUGUGUGAUUGAAUAGGCUCAGAGGAGAGAGUUCAGAAUUCCCCUUUACGUAUACCAGUUUGGUUUGUAAGUUUUAGUUCUUUGUAUUAUUGAGAUUCAAAGCUUUGUUUUAUGUUGGCCAUUAGGUGAAUGUUACUCAUUUCUCCUCAAGAGGAGCUCAUACAUGUGUGUGGGUGAGCGAGCACAGUGGUGCCUGUUUUCUGUGCGUGUGUCCAUGAGGGUCUGUAAGAGUGAGAUAGAGACCAAGAAAUUGCCCAAGUUUAGAAAUAUGCUAAUGUGCAGUUGUUGCCUUUUGUCUGUAUUAAAGGCCCACUGAAUGACUAAUCCAGGCUGGAAGCUCUCCCAUGUGGGUGUCUGAGUCCAUGAGCCAAGCCUGAGGGGACAGUAUGAGUCUCUGGUGCUUUUCUUCUCUCAAAAUGGAUCCGAUAAAUAUUUGAAUAGAGCAGAUUGUAGAAUAUCUUGCUUCCACCAGAAAGCUGCUGCUUUGGGUUCUGAAUUGAGCCAAAUGUGUAGAGGACCUACCAAGCCUACUGAGGGACCAGGUUUUCAUGUAUGAAGUCAUGCUAGAAUGUUUUGAGUCAUCUGAGGGCUUUCAUGCCAGCAGCAGCUAGUGAAGUCUGAAAGCAACCCUUUAACAAGAUCGAAGAAGACUGUCUGGGAGAAGGAGUUUGAGACUGUGUGCCACUCUCAUUAGACCCCUUUUUGCUCUGAUAAGUAGAAUGUAUCUGGCUUCAUAUUUUAAAGUCAUAUGUCUCUCAGACCCCUGGAUUCAGAACCCAAGGCCACAAAUCAUAGGCAUGAAGCACUUUCUUAAGACUCUGACCUAACAUUGGAUUGUUCCCUGUUUAAUGCCUGCAUGCUGCUUGAAUUGCUCUACCCACACCUCCAUGACCAAGGGCGCUAGAGAGUUCUACAGCUCAGGCAUGGACCGCUCUCUGUUUUUCCUGUUUGACUCUUGUAAGUCCUCCCUCAUUGAAUGUAGAAGCAUUGCCAAGUUUCUGAGAAGUGUCGAUUUCCUGUUAACGUGGGGUAUCAGUUCUGCCUCACAUUUCCCACUUGAGUUCAAGGGGCAUUGCAAACACCACCUUGGACAUCUGAAUACCAUCAGUGGACAAAAAUAGGGCUAUUAAUAUACUCUAAAAGCCAUACUAAAAAUGCUCAGAGGGAACUAGUAAAGAACAGUGGGCCUGGCUAUUUUCUAUCGUGCAAGACUUUGUCUUGUACAGUUCAGAAAUCUAUCACUUUUCUGCCUGCCCUUGUUUCUUGAAUGAAAUGCUUUUGAAGUUAUUUAUGAGAGGAGUGAUCCUGGGGCAGGCAGGAGGCAGUGGGAUUUAUGGCUCCUUGGAGUUACUAUUGAUCUUGACCUUCUCUUUGGCAUAUUGAAAGAAUAUGCCAAUACUUGGGGCUCUAAGUUUUACAAUUGAUAUUUAUUUGUAUCAU